AUGGAGCACAUUCUUCCGUUACUGCCUGACAGCAUUAAAAGUCUUCCACAUCAUAUGGACUUUGACGGCCAGGGAAAGGCAGAGAGAUAUUUUCAAGCCAUCAUUAUUGUGUUUGCAGUUAUAGGUUUUGUGUAUGGCUAUGCUGUUCAGCUGUUCUCUCAGACACUGUAUAUUCUCUUUGUUGGUGUCUUCCUCUCCAGUCUGCUCACUUUAAUUCCGUGGGGCUUUUACCGGAGAAAACCCCUGAAGUGGCAGCCAGCUCGAGAUGAGGAAGGGAAUGAGACACCUAAUUCAAAGUCAGGAGGAAAGCAGCCGGUGAAGAAGAAGCUGAAGCAUUAG